AGUCGGCAGUGGACCGCCGCGCCGAGCGAGCGUACCAGGCCGCGGCUCAGCUCAGCUCAGCUCCCAGAUCAGCACCCAGCUCAGCUCAGCUCAGCACGCAGCCAGCUCUCGCUGUAGCCUCAGCACACGGCCACAGAUCAAACGACUGCGGAGCGUGCGUGUGAGGCCAUCGGCAGCGCAACCACUGCGGUCACCAGACAUCACCAACGCCAGGGAGCUCCAUCACCAGCAACCAUCACCGCUAGACCGGCACCAGCAGCACCAGCAGCGACGGCUUCACCAGCGGGUCCACCGCGGGCGGCCGGCGCGCGCAGACGCGGAGCCGACGGCGGUAAAGACACGGCGAACUCAGCUGCCCGGAGAGGCACUAUCGUGCUGGCGACUGUGACGGCUCGACAGCGGCGGUCGGCCGCGAGGCAUGGCCUCACCUCAGACCGGCGGCCAGCUAUGAGCGCAGCGCGGAGAGCAGCGGCCAGCCCGCUGCCGCAGCUGCUGCUGGCCGCGCAGCUGGUGUGCGGCGCGGCGGCGGCUUAUGUAGCGCACCAGGCCGUCUACGUGCCGACCCGGUACGGCGCGCCACCGCCGGCGCUGGGUCCGGCGCCGCAUGGCUACCUGGCCGUGGUGGGGCCGUUCGGAUGGAGCGCACCCACCCAGGUGCGCCACCAGGUGCACCACCACUCGACGGUGGUACACGGCGCGCCUCCGCGGCCGCUCCAGUCUACCGGCCACUCGGCGCCGCACUCGGCCGCCAAGGCGCCGACCGACGCGCCGCUACCGCCGCCCAGCACCAACGACUCGUACAGCGCCUACGUGCUGCCCGGCGGCAACGGCUACUCGUACGCCAAGGAAGCAGGCAGCGGCGACAGCGGCAGCGGCAGCAAGGGAGGCGACGGUAGCGAGGUGCCCAAACUACAGCUCGACUAUGGCGUGCCCGUCACCGGCUUCCUGGAGGCGCAGCUGAGCUCCAGCUCCGGCACAUCCAUCAACUGGUCGAUGGGCAUGACGCCGGCCAACCGGAGCCUGCCGCUGAUCCCGGACGACAUCCCAGUACUCGGGAACGACCUGCCUGACGACGGGUGCGCGCGAGACGAGGUCCGCCUACGGUCGACGAACCGUUGGUACAUCGCGUCCGAACCGUGUCAGCCGAUACUACAGCAAGGCUGCUGUCCGGAAGGCCAGUGGGUGGUCGUCAACAAGUACACACGCAUGGGAGAGUGCGCGCCCAGACUCUGUCCGUCCGGCUUCGCCUUCGUAGAGCGGGACGGCCUGUGCCACGACCUACAGGAGGAGGGACUCUGUCCAGACAACCGUCGUGUGUACGUGACGGCGUUCGGCGAGCCGCGCUGCGGCUGCGCCGACGGCGAGUAUGUGGACACGGCCGGCGAGUGUCGGCCGCUCUACAGCACCGUCGGCUGUCCGUACCGACAGCAGCUGCGCUUCAACGCCGCCUUCAAACUCGAGUGCCAGCCGGCCGUGUGCCCCAAAGAGAGACCGGUGCCCUUCCAGGGCUGGUGUAAGAACUUCGGAGAUUCCUGCGGCACCGACUACCGGUUUGUGCUGGGUUUCGACACCACGCGGCUCGAGGCCAAGUGUUACCCGUCCGAGGAGUUGGAUAUUGGCGGCCGGCACAGCGCGCACACCCCCACCACCACGGCUCCGGCGCCCACGGUGCCCGCUCUGCAGGACACCUACCUGCCGCCGCCGGGCCAGGGCCGCGUGCAGUACGCGCGCCGCACGGGAGCCGCGCGCGGCCGCUGGCUGUGGCAGCGCCGGCGCCGCCAGCAGCGGCCGGGCCUGCGCCGGCGCCGGCCGCCGCCGCAGCAGUUCGCUCCGUGGUCGCGGUUAGACGUCGACCAGGUGACGUUUGUCGACAGUGAGCGAGUCAGCGCCGAGCAGCUGGCCAAGUUCGAGCGCUCCGGCCAGGCGGGCCGCCGGCGACGGCGCUUCCGGAGACAGAUCUUUGCCGAGGUGCCGCUGCUCAACACAUGUAAACCGGGAGCGCGCAGCGGGCCCAACUUCAAAUGUCGCGACAAAGCACUGCCCGGCUCGGGAUCACGGUCGGCCCGCAGUCCCGUACCGCCAGCGAACGCGCCCAAAUGUCCAGCGGGACAGCGACUGGACGCACUGGGGCGGUGUCGACAGACGGUCGGCGGGCUUGGCAAGUGAGCCGCCGUCGCCGCCGACGCCGACGAUCGACACCACCACCGCCACCGCAGUCAGCCAGCCACCACAGCCAGCCAGUCAAACGCUGCGCGGGAGAUACAACCGUGCAGUGGCGAGUGGCGAGCCGCGAGGGGCGCACAAACACUGGCGAGUGGCCGGUGGCGGUACCGGCCACCGUGUGCAGGGCCAACCGAGCAGGGUAUUGUCACAGCGGCCUCCGAGACGGACUCGCAAUGAGGUGUCGCGCAGACAGACAGACAGACGGGCCGAGAGGGCGGCGCGCCCGAGCGUACCUCGUCCGCGCCCGGCCGCCGCGCGAGUGUGAAGUGUGAGUGACAGCGCCCGGGUCCGGCGGGCGCAGUGUAUCCCUGCCAGCAUCUGCGGGCGUGCCCACGUCCGCCUGUGUUUGUAUUUGUGUGUUAUUGAGUGUCUGACAACCGGCCGCGGUCUACCCGCGCCCGAGUGUGAGUCAGAGUGGUCAAUAUAAGCGCCAGUCAGCCG